AUGGCCACCACUCCUUGCAUCCUCCAAGUCACGCCUUCCUAUGCAACCACACAGGGCAAUGAGUUCAACUUCAGUGGCCUGUACCUGUACCACACGUACAAAGGCCCUAACGCCAACCAGGUGGAAACCAUAGUGAGACACCAGUUUGGCACAUUGGCCGUUAACAACUGGGUUAUUCGUGAUGGGCUCUCAUGUUCCGCUGAAGUCAUUGCGCGUGUCCAGGGCCUGCAUGUCAAUGCCGGUGACUGGCAUAACUCCUUCAGCCUAGUGUUCGAGGAUGAAGGGUUUAAGGGAUCGACACUUCAGGUGAUGGGAGUACCAGUUGAAGGAGGUGAAUGGGCUAUCGUUGGGGGAACUGGACGCUUCGCUAUGGCAACAGGUGUCAUCAAGAAAAGGAGCAUUAUUGUUGCCACAAAGAUUGGCCCAUGGGGUGGAAACGGAGGGUCGGCUCAAGACAUCACAGAGCCACCAAAGCGCCUGGAGAGCAUCACCCUUAGCGGUGGUUCGGUUGUUGAUUCCAUUGCGUUUUCUUAUGUUGAUCAAGCUGGUCAGAAGCACACUGCAGGUCCAUGGGGCGGUCCUGGUGGAAAUCCUAAUACGAUCGAGCUCUCGGACUCUGAGUUCGUGAAGGAAGUUUCUGGAACUUUCGCUGUGUAUGCGGGAGUAGUCAAUGUCAUAAACUCAAUUAAGCUUGUCACCAACGUGAAGACGUACGGACCUUUCGGUCUGGAGAACGGGACUUCAUUCAGUGUCCCCGUGCAGGGCAACAGUGGUGUCGCUGGCUUCUUCGGGCGCAGCGGCAAGUUCCUGGAUGCUAUUGGUGUCUAUGUGCAUCCGAUCUGA